CAUAUAUCUUUAAAUGUUGAUUUUUUCUUAAAACCGAGAAUUCGACUUUAUGCGAAUUCUUCAAUAAGUUUCUCAAAGUACUUAACAAGAUGGGGCCAGGACUCAAACGGAAACUCUCCCUGCCUUCAUCAAUUUUAAAAGAGCUAGAUGCGCACCCACCUUCCUUCGCAAACGGAAGAGCGCGGCCGAAAAGACAACUCUCGAGAAGGGAACAACGUAAAGCUCAGAGGGUGCAGAAGAGACAGUUUCGCCGGUCGCAGUCGCAUCAAUUCAUUGAAUCACGGAAACCUAGGCAGAUUUCAAAUCCAACUAGUGAGGUCUCCGACGGUAACGUUCUAGAUGAUGAGCAUGACAGUGAGGAGGAAGUCGGUUCUGGAUUUGGCUCUGAAUGGGAGGAGAGCGAGAGCGUUGAGGAACAGGAGUCUAGUCGAUCUCGACACUCCAAGUCAGCACAUGUGAAACCUUCCCAGGAUGAUGCGGAGAUUGCGGAACUGGAAAGGAAAUUGGGGUUGAAAGGGAGAAAAUCUUUACCUAAGUCUUUCGAGGACGACGGCCUCGGCGAUCUGCUAGACGGUCUGGGGGAUGACGACGAGGAAGAUACAGAGGUCGCCUCCAAGAAUAAACGCAAAGCAGAGGCAGACGAGUGGUUGGCCCAGAAGAGAAGAAAGGCUCAAGCCGCUGCUCGUUCAACCGUUGGCGAUGAUGAGGAUGAUGAGGACGAAGAUCUUUCUGUCCUGGACAACGAAUCCGAACUGGACGACAUGGAUGUCGAUGGAGAGGAUGCUGGUAGCAGUGUAUUUCAAGGCUAUUCAGAUGAAGACCAACCCGAGCCCCCGCGACCGCAGCGAGAAAACCCUUAUGUUGCUCCCGUAACGGGGGUUGCGAAAUAUAUUCCCCCGUCGCUCCGGAAGCAGUCCAGCUCAAGCAACGAGGCAGAAACACAACUUCGAAGGCGUGUCCAGGGCUUAAUAAACCGCCUAACGAACGAUAACAUGAUCGGUAUAACCAAGGAUUUCGUGGCUCUAUACGACACAAACCCGCGACAGACAGUUACUUCAACCAUUGUGGAUCUUGUGUUAGCUCUGGUCUGUUCACCGGAGAAGCGGCCGGAUUCUUUCUUUGUAAUGAUAGCAGGUUUUGUCGCAGCGAUGUAUAAAGCUAUAGGUAUAGCCAUAAGUGCCUACUUUAUACAGCAGCUCGUGGAAAUCCUAGGUCAGCGUUACGAGCAGGCAUCUGGUGACCAGUCGGACUCCGGGUCAAAACAUCUCAUUUCCCUACUUGCUGAACUUUACAAUAUGCAAGUUGUCGGUUGCAGCUUAAUAUUCGACUAUAUUCACAUAUUCCUAACUAGGCUUUCCGAGCUCGAUACCGAGUUAAUUCUGAGACUCGUCCAACUCUGCGGGCCGUCGCUUAGGCGUGACGACCCUCAUGCAUUAGGGGACAUUGUCAGCAACAUCAAGCCAGCCAGCUUGCAGGGUAUGUCAGUCAGAACAAGUUUCAUGAUUGAUGAGAUGAAAAACCUGCAGAGUAACAAGACGAAAGCCGUAGCUCGUAAUAGAGACCUCGCAGAUCAGCGAAGUCAAAUAAGAAAGCGAAUCAACACCUUGGGCGGCUCUCAAGACAUUCAACCCCUCCGUGUGGGCCUCAGGGACAUACAGGAUGCCGAUAAGCACGGGAAGUGGUGGCUUAUUGGGGCCAGCUGGUCUGGCGGUCAUAGCAACCCCGUCAAUCAAGAUGGAACCUCAAACCCAGAGCUAAGCGCGGGUGCGGCCGGCGCCGACGAUAUGAUGGAAUAUGUUGCAGACGAUCUAGGUAUUCCAGAUCUCUGGCAGCUAGCGAGGGAGCAAGGUUUCAAUACCGAAGUAAGGCAGCGUAUCUUCAUUGCUUUACAUGCGGCUACGGACUAUGAGAAUGCCGAGCUUCUCAUCCGGAAAUUAAGACUCAAUAAGCAUCAGCGAAAAGAGAUCCCGGAGGUGAUCAUACGAAGCAGUGAACGGCAGUCUCAGUACAAUCACUACUAUACUCUGGUGGCCACAAGGUUCACUGGCGACAGGGAAUUGUCAUUCCAAUUUCGGCGUUGUUUAAUAACACGGCUUAGGAAGAUGGGAGAGGAUAUUGAUAUCGGAGACGGAGAUGAAUUUGACGCAGAGGACGCGGCCGAGUACGACGUGCGAUGGAUAUACAACGCAGCCAGGAUAUACGGAUCACUAGUAGCUAGUCGAACCCUACGACUAGUAGACAUAGUCAAGUACCGCAACUUUGCGGCCCUACAAGAAAAGGCGCACAUGUUCUUCGAGGUGAUGUUUAUCACAUUGCUCCAAGAGUGUAAGCGUGAUGGGCUGAAGGAUAUUUUCAGUGGUCUAGAUACAGACCACGCACGAGGGGUGCAGUACUUUCUGAAGAAUAACGUUCGCCAGACGGACCUCCUAAAGAAUAAGAAAGAGAAGAAGGUGGUCAAGAAGAAUUGCGAGGCGGCAGACCAGGUGCUCAAGACCUUGGCGAUAACAGAGUAGAGAGUAGCUACGAGGGUAGAAUUAUGAUAUGUAAGCUGAGUCUAGGCUUAGCAAACCGACAUCACCUUUUGAGUUGAGGGAAUAAAGAAUAUGGUGUAUGUUUUGUGUUUACUUCGGCGAUGAGACUAAGCAAAAGAUGAUCUCUCAACAGGUACAUACCGUGACGUUGGUAUAAUAAUUACAUCGGUACCUAGAAGUGAUCGGAAGUGUGCGGUUAUUUUCGGAACAACGGCGUAAACGACUAUGAGGUACAUAGACUUUUAUAUAGGAUAGCUUUAUUGUUGGGCCAAUAGGACGGUUGGAUGGACCUACAUAGAUACAUAGGUACAUUUUAGACGGAAGGUCAAUUCCAACAUUGAACGCCCGGACCUCCCAAAAUUUCCGGAAACUACCUAUUAUCUAAAU